UCUGUUGGCGCACAGUUGGCCUGGAGCUCGACUUCGACACAGACUGUAGACGAUUGUCGUGUAAAUAAAAUAAUAGAAUAACAAGCACAAAGCAUAACGCGCAACACGUGAGCGAAUUGAAAUUCAAAUAGAAGCUUAAACGAACAGAAUGCCAGCCACAACAACAACAACAACAAUUGAUGGCUACAAGCUGGGCAAGGUGCUCAUCGAGGGCAAAACGAAGCAGGUCUACAAUCUGCCCGAACAUCCUGGCCUCUGUCUGCUGCUCAGCAAGGAUCGCAUCACAGCCGGCGAUGGCGUCAAGGCGCACGACUUGGCCGGCAAGGCGGAGAUCUCCAAUACGACCAAUGGCCAGGUAUUUCGCCUGCUCAACGAGGCCGGCGUACGCACCGCCUAUGUGAAGCAGUGUGGGGCGAAGGCUUUUAUUGCCCGCGAAUGCCAAAUGAUACCCAUUGAGUGGGUAACCCGACGUCUGGCAACUGGCUCCUUUCUCAAGCGCAAUGUGGGCGUGCCCGAGGGCUACAGAUUCUCGCCGCCCAAACAGGAGACAUUCUUCAAGGAUGACGCCAAUCAUGAUCCACAGUGGAGCGAGGAGCAGAUCAUUUCGGCCAAGUUCGAGCUAAACGGUCUGGUGAUCGGUCAGGAUGAGGUGGACAUCAUGCGACGCACAACCCUGCUCGUCUUUGAGAUUCUCGAGCGGGCGUGGCAGACAAAGAACUGUGCCCUGAUCGACAUGAAGGUCGAAUUUGGCGUUGACUCCGGUGGCAAUAUUGUGCUCGCCGAUAUCAUAGAUUCGGACUCGUGGCGCCUCUGGCCGGCUGGCGACAAGCGUCUAAUGGUCGACAAGCAGGUCUAUCGGAAUUUGACAUCGGUGACGAGCACCGAUCUGGAUACGGUUAAGCGCAACUUUAUCUGGGUAUCGGAACAGCUGGCCGAUAUUGUGCCGCGCAAGGAUCACUUGAUUGUGGUGCUCAUGGGCAGCGCAUCGGAUACAUCGCACAGCGAAAAGAUUGCCACCAGCUGCCGUUCGUUGGGCCUCAAUGUUGAGCUGCGCGUCAGCUCGGCCCACAAGGGUCCGGAGGAGACGUUGCGCAUUGUCCGUGAAUAUGAAUCGGUUAUGCAGAAUCUAAUCUUUGUGGCCGUUGCCGGACGUUCGAAUGGCCUCGGACCGGUUGUAUCCGGCAAUACAAACUAUCCGGUAAUCAACUGCCCGCCGGUCAAGUCCGAUAACAUGCAGGUGGACGUCUGGUCCAGCCUCAAUUUGCCAUCGGGCCUGGGCUGUGCCACCGUUCUCUAUCCGGAGGCAGCUGCGCUGCAUGCGGCCACCAUUUUGGGACUGAGCAAUUUCAUGAUCUGGUCCAAGCUGCGCGUCAAGCAGCUCAACAAUUUCGUGACCCUCAAGAAGGCCGACAAGGAGCUGCGCGGCGUGCGCAAUGUCUGAGCAGCAACAUUUUGCCAUUUACUCCAUUUACAUUUGUUUUUGUUUUUUUUUUUUUUUUUUUACAUAUAUUUCUUUUCCCUAAACAUUUAUAUUAACUAUAACAGUUGUGUUUUAGUUUAGUUCGCACAAAUACAAUUUCAUGUGGAAAUAA